AUGGAACUGCAGGGGAGGAGUCGCUCCCCAUCCCGCAGGACCAGCAGAGUUGAGCAGGUGGUGGGAAGAUGGCUGAGACGGUCCCGAGAGUUGGGCAGCAGAGACAGAGUUGCAGUAGAUGGGACAUCAGCAGAGUCCAUUGGUACAGAUCAGAGGAAUUUUCCCUUCCGCUUGAAUGUUUCAAUCCAGCAGGACGCAAAGCUCAAAUCUCAUGGCCUCACGCUUUCCUCACAGACCCCUAUCUUGGUACAAGAGGUCACACACGGUGGUCCCGCAGACGGCCGGCUCGUUCCUGGCGACCAGCUUGUAAAGAUCAAUAACGUCGCUGUCGAAGACCUGACCCCUGAGCAAGCUACUGAAAUAAUCAGAGAGUGUCAAGAUUCGUUGUCUGUGACCAUACUCAGAACAAUGCUGGGCCCAAAGUCAUCAUUUAUCACACCUGAGAAGAGGGCCAAACUCAAGUCCAACCCUGUCAAAGUUCGCUUUGCUGAAGAGGUGGAGGUCAAUGGGCACUCUCAGGGUAACUCGCUCCUAUUCCUGCCUAAUGUUCUGAAGGUGUACCUGGAAAAUGGGCAGACCAAGGCCUUUAAAUUUGAACCCUGCACGACAGUGAAGGACAUUGUAAUGACACUGAAAGAAAAACUUUCUCUGCGAAAUAUCGAACAUUUCUCCCUGGUUCUUGAGCAGCAAUACAGUGUCACUAAACUACUGCUCCUACAUGAGGAGGAGAGGAUACAACAGGUGGUCCAGAAGAAGGAGUCCCGUGACUACAGAUGUCUAUUCCGUGUUUGUUUCAUCCCAAAGCUACCAGAGACUUUGCUACAAGAUGAUCCCACUGCCUUUGAGUACUUUUACCUGCAGGGAGUGAAUGAUGUCCUGCAAGAGCGCUUUGCAGUGGAAAUGAGGUGUAACACCGCUCUGCGACUUGCCGCACUGCACAUCCAGGAGAGGUUGGCGAGCUGUGGACUCUCCCCAAAGACCAACCUGAAGAUAGUCACUAAGACGUGGGGCAUUGAGAACUUUGUUUCAUCCACACUGCUGAGAAACAUGCGAGAGAAAGAUUUGAUGAAGGCCAUUAGCUUCCAGCUGAAGAAGAGCCAAUCACAAUCUGAUCCCAAGCAGGGGGGGCUGACAGUCAACCAAGCGCGCAUAAAUUACCUGGAAGAACUGAGUGAGCUCAAGUCUUACGGCGGCAAAUCGUUCAGCGCAACGAUGAUGCUACAGGACCGAGAGUCCACAGUUACGCUGUUGGUGGGUGCACGUUAUGGCGUGAGUCAGGUGAUCAACCACAAACUUAGCAUCCUGUCCACCCUCACAGAGUUUAACAGCAUCACACGCCUCGAGCUUGUUCCCGAGUCUGACAAGGUCGGCUUGGUUAAAAUAUACCUGCAGGACAUAAUGCCAAUUACACUCCUACUGGAGACAGUUGCAGCGAAGGAUAUGUCAUGCCUGAUAGCAGGAUACUGUCGAGUUUUUAUUGAUGCCAAUAUAAAUAUCUUUCCCUGGAUGGAUGUCCCCAAAAAGCACAGAAUCUCUGCUGAAGAAGGUUAUGUGUCACGUUGUGGUAGCGAUUCUGACCACUCGUCUGACUUAGACAUGGAGCCUCUUGUCACCCAUGUGUCUUGCAACGCCAAACGCCGCCCACGCGUCAGAGCCCCUUCAGACCCAGACGCGAGGAAAAGACGAGAAGGGCACUAUAGGAGAAACAAGCAUGACGGCGAAUGUAGGAACAGCAAGGCAUCAGACAAGAGGAAAAAAGAAGACAAUGACGCUGAGAGACAAAAAGCAGAUCAUUUAUUUGGAAGUGAUCAUGGGGGCAAAGUACUUGAGGAGAAAGAAGCUCAUAAUGUUGGACAAACAGACAACGAUGAUGUGAAACUUGAAAAUGAGAAACAGGAAUGGAAAUUGAGAUGUGUACUAGCGGAGGACCAUCCGUCACAAUCAGAUUCAUGUCAUAGUGACUCUCGUGUUGUCACCAGCCCUUCCAGUGACUCUCUUGACCUCCUGGAGGAAGACGACCUGAUUUCAUGCUCCUCUUCCUCAUUGCGCCCACUCGUUUCAACGCAAAGCCAAGCUGAAAUUUAUUCAACACUUGAGCUUUGCCCUUACACUCACACACACUCCGAGGCCAACUUACUUAUUCCGCCACCUGCUCAUUCCCAUCCUCUUCUUCACCUCACAUCCUAUAAUAGUGAUGAAGAGGGCAACAGAAAGUCUGGCGACAUCAUUGAUUCCCAGCCCUUCGAAGCCGUCCCCGCCUCACUUGACACCAACAGCUCUUACACGGAAGACGACGCCGCAUGUUUCGCUGAGCUCUCUUUCUCUGACCUCCUCCCGAGCCCCCCGGAGGCCAGUGAGGAUGAAGAGGAUGUAGAAAAGGACUUGAGGAAAAUGAGAAGCCCGCAGUCUCCGUCUUUGUCCUCAGCCUCUUCCCACUCUGAUGUUGUCUUCAACUUUGACCAGAGAGAUGCCAGCUGCUACUACAAACUCUGCUCCAACAUCACCCCUGACAGUGCUCGCAGCCUUUCCAAGCCUGUGAAUGAUACUGAGAGAGAAGCUAGAGAGAAGAUGGAGGAAGAGCAGCCUCAAGCUAAUGAACUGGCGUCAGCGCCCAUCCUCCAGCCGCCACCUGGCUUUGGAGACAGCAGCUCCGAUGAGGAGUUCUUUGACGCCAGAGAUGGCUUCACAUCGCCUGAUGACCAAACCUCAGGCAUGGAGCUAAAAGAUAAUUGCACUGAGAAGAAAGUGGAUUUUGUAAGCGCACUCAAACUUAGCGAUAUCCGAGUUUCUGUGGGGGAUGCAAACAAAGCUGGAAAAUCCGGAGAGGAGAGACUACAACAGGAAAAGAAAGGAGGUGGCAAAAUUGGACUGUAUGAGCUGAGAAAAACAUCUCGCAAGCGUCGUUCCUUCAUGGAAACAGAUUAUACCUCCAGGGUAUCAUAUCCAGAACCCAAAACAACAUCGAUGCCGGACCGGGUCCAUUCCGUUUUUGAUUACAACUUUUUGGCAGAAGGUAGUGAUGACCACACAUUGAGUUCUGAGCCUGAACCUUUAGAACAAACAGAUAAUCCAAGUCUUACUGUCUCCUCUUUGACUUACUCUGAAGGGGAACCAGCACAGCUUGAGUCAAAACCCAUUCCAUUUGAUAUUGGAUCCAUUGAGCAAAGUGCAGACUCUCUGGCAUCAGGUACCAGAAACAGGAAACAAGAAAUGGAGAUGGAACCUGAUACAAUGGAAUUAAAAUCUGUCACAGAUCACAUGACGACACGAGCACCCUCGAUCACUGUUGUGCGAUGUCGGGUAGAUCCGGAUGGGAAGGAGAGUGCUGAUUGCAGAGGUGACAGACCAGAGACAGGAAGGGACCAGGAGGGAAUACAGCUAGCAGAGGGAAAACUAGAGGAAAAUCAGGAGCCAAAUAUGGCAGAGAAUGGACCAUUCACUUCACAUAUGUUCUUGCCGAGGGUGACUGAGAAAAAAGUACCAAUUCCUUGCUGUGAAGAUGAACUCAAAGCUAUCACAUUGACUUCAUGGCUGACAGAGUUGAAUAACAAGGGUGUCCACCAAAUUGCUCCCGUUCAAAACUCACAUGCAGAGGAUAUGCCUCAAGAUAACUCAGGACUUUCAUCAUAUUCCCCCCCACCCCCACCCCCACCACCCUCUUCCCCUCUGCCACCAAUGCCGUUUGCUCUUUGUGACAAAUCCCAAAGUGACUGUUUACACAGAGAUUGCUCAGAAACUUCAACCAAACUAUCCCCACCUAACUCUGAGGAGAAACAAAACGAAGUUCACAAUCCUGGAUUAAAUUUAGAAAGUGGGAAAAAAGAAGAUGAAACUACUGAUGUGAUUACAUUGGCUAGUGAUGAGGUUACUGACAGUAUGAAUUCAGAUGUUUUUGAUGAUGAUGAUGACGACGUUUUAAUUUAUGAUGAUGUUGGAAAAAAUGUUGACGGACAUGAUUGGACAACAGCUGUACCUCUGAAUGUGGGUGCUAAAUCACCCACAGGAAAUUAUCAAUCUGAGAUAAGAAUUAACUGUCCCAACAAUUCAGCUCCAGAAGUCGAUCUACAAAGUAACGCUCAUUGUGACUACGCUAACACUUCAAAUUCCAUCACAGCUAAGCUUGCUGUUGCAACAAGUGUCAUAAAUCAUACAUUUAAUUCAGGAGCUGGAAUGAAAACUGAAGAAACUAUACAUACACUAAGAGAAGAAUGCUCUUCCCCAGGCGGUGAUUCUCACUCACUUCAAGGAAACACUCCCAUGCCCCAUGAUCUUGCCAAAGAGCCUCCUCUGCCAUCUUAUUUCAUCUUCCAGUCCUGUUCCCCCAACAUCAUGGGCCGUUUGUCUGCCUCCACACUUAGAGGAAAGAUUCAAAAGUUACCUCUUUAUUUAUCACGUUCCCAAGAGACCCUUAACCAAAUCGGGGGGGAGAAUGUAGCCCAAAGUCCUGUGAGUCACAGCGAGCCCAACACUGAUAUCUUGCACAUAGUAAAAAACAUCCAUGAUGCCGCAGAAAUCACAGAAACAAUUACAGACGUGGUGGAGUCAGAUGAUUCCGAUACAACUCUUACUGGAUCAGAGGUGGAAUGUGAGUUCUUUGUCGAAACAUCCUCGGCUAAGAACUCGAGUUCAGUAUCAGAAGUAAAGAAAACACCAGAGAGGAUCUUAGUAGACCAUGAAACUACAUCAUUACCUGUCCAGGAUGAACCCCAACCCCAACAAACAAAUGGGUCUUUCCCAGAACCUAACAAGAAUACACUGGAACCAAUAACAGAGCCCCCAGUAUCCAUGCUGAGUAGCCUCCAAAGAAAUUCUACAGGCCUUACGAUGAACACUCCUGGUCCAAUAAUAGUACCUCCAGAACCAAAGAUGAGAGAUACAAUGCUUGUUGAAAACAUUCCAGGUUUUAAAGUAAGCAGUCAGUCAUCCCUUAGCCCUCCUCCAAUUGUGGUGACUACACAAAAUUUAAAUGGACCAGGUCUAAAUUAUUACAGUCAGUCACAAAUUGCACAAAGGACCAGCAGUGACAGGCCCCUGAUGGGUCUUUGUAGGCCAGCGGAACAGAAAAUUGAUUCAUCACAGCCACCUUACUCAGGCUGCGGGUUGUUUCCCUUCUGGGAAGAACCAUCCGAGGUAUCUUCAAAGAUAGGUACUACCCUGAACUUAAAAUCUGAAAUUGGAUGCACUUCUGUGCUGACAUCCAAGUGUGAGUCAGUAGUCGAGGGAUUAAAUAUGGAUGCUUGUGGUUGCCCAGCAGUCUACACUAACUGCUUCAGCAGAGAGGGCAGCUUUGAUGAGGACUUAACCGUCUAUGAGUUCUCCUGCCAAGGCACUGGUGAAACACCAAGUUCCAGGUUACCUCUUCCGCUCAUGACUGAUCCUCCAUCAUCAUCCAUUCUUUCCACAUCUUCCACACACUCUCCAUCCUAUCCACACAUUCUCCUCUCCUCCCAAACAUCUGAGCUCAGUCCGCUCCUCUCACCACUCUCUGAUGGACAAUAUCUCCACAAUCAAACACAAAAGGACACCAUUAAUCGCCUUGGAACUCAACGCUACCCAGAACCACCAGCUGGGUUCCAAGUUCUACGAGCGGAUGUAGACCAGCUCCUUUCUGUCCUAGAAAAUAUCAGUGCUGACCGUUCUGUAGCUGAUCGGGGAGGUUGCCAUCCAAGGGAAACGUGUGCAUCCCACUUUACAGAGAACAAGCAAGUCCUCCAAACUGAGACAAGGCGGUUGACGGCAUGCUGCCAAAAAAUGGUGGCCGUUGACCAGAAUCCAGAGGAAAUGCUCAAGUCUUUAGCUGAUAGUUUCCGGACCUUAGUGGAGCUGGCCGGUGCAUGCAUAUGGUUUUCCAGUUGUGACAGGUGCGAGCGGAGGAAUGCAGAAGCAGUUGCCGGUCUGCAAGAUGUGGCACGCUCAUUCAGGGACUUCUGUCUGGCAGCAGAGCGAGCCGGCAGAAAGCACAGCUGCCGUGACCUGAGCACCAAACUGCUAGCCAAACAGUGCACUGCACUCACCGCUUCGGUCUUCUGCCUCACUCAGAUCUUCCGUACUCUCACUGCACUGUGAUGUGGCAACAACCUUUCGUGAAAAAAACUUCAGCGGGCAUGAAGAAUGGUGACGUGCAUGUGUUUACCGACUACAUGAUGUGCACAAACACAAAACUGCCAGUAACCCACCUGCAAUCUGCCUAAACAAAUCUGCUUGCUUUCCACUGUAGAUUUGUACUUGAAUGUAUGCUGUAUUAUGUUUAUCGAAUAAUUCAGCUGAUGAACGUUACUGUGGUGUUUUAUUGAAUAAGUAAGGAAUGUAUAAGAACGUAUUUGUAAUUGUUUACAUACUUAGCUUUACUCUCAGGAGUUUCGGCUUGUGACAUUGGUGGAGCAUUUGCUUCUGUUGCCCUGAGGUGCAAAAUAGACAAUUAGACAAAUCAUAAAAAUUCACAAACAUGUUACACACUAUGGGAUGCUUUUAGGUUUGCCAUAGUUUUUGGUUUAACGUUCCUGUUUUGUACAUUAGGGCCAAAAUAUGUAUUAAAAGUUGCGUACUGCAACAUAUAUACAAUAUUUUUUUCCAUUUAAGCCUUUCCGUGAGAAAGUCCUUGAAUGUUUGUUUACAAAAAUAACAGUUGGAAGUAUGAUUCAGUGAAAGUAUAUGAAUCAAGAUUAUAGCCAUUUCCAAUUUUAUAAUCCAUUAUACAGAAUGAUUGCAUUAGUGACUAAGCUACUGGUAAGGUUGGUGUUUUCAUUAUCUAUCCAUUCAAAUAUUUUUCUCUAAUUUAUUUGGAAUGAUCUUUGAAAAACUGAUGUCAUCUGUUCAAUACUUCUUACUUUUGCUACCUCCAAAAAAAAGAUCUUGACUGCACAUUCAGGCCAGUCAACCAGUUGUUUAUUUGAAUUGACAGCACUUUGUUAGGAGCCGAAGGACUUUAUUCUCAUUUUGACAACAUUGUCAUUAACACUAAGUGCAUUUUUAGGAGCAAUUUCCUCAGUACGGCAACAAAUCUAGGAAAAUGUUAAUGAUCAAAUUCGGAGCCCCGCCAGAGGAGACAAGCAGUGGGUAGCUUCGUUGGCGUUGUGCUUUCUCACCAUUGACUUGCCAAAGCACUUCAGGGGUUCCGACAACCCCAGUCAACACUGAUCGGUCACUAAGUGAAGAUCCUUUGUGGACAUUUGUGAGCCCAUUUAUUUGUUACUCAGUUGUAUGCACUUGCGACUGGAGCAUGCCUAAAGAUUAUGUUUCACCGCAGAAACACUGGGAACACAAUAUUCAAUUGUAGUCUACAAUGGGUAUUGUACCUGAACACUGUAUUUCUUUAAUUUCAUUGGAAUACAAUAGCUACAGACCGGAACUGUUACUUUCCUAUAAAUAAUGUUUUAUCACUAUUAUACAGUUUGUCCUCAAGAAGCAUGCAGUUAAGCCAUACA